AUGGGAACGGCCACGAAACGCGCCCAGACGGGCUCCCCGACCUAUUUCCGCCCCGCGCCGUCGGAGAUCAACUUCGGGAAGAUGAGGUUCCUGAUCACGGACAGACCGUCGAAUGCCACCAUCAACUCCUAUAUUGAGGAGCUCGAGAAGCACAAGGCGUGUGCUGUGGUGCGAGUGUGUGAGCCGAGCUAUGAGACCGAUCCGCUCAGGACACACGGCAUUGAUGUGUUGGAUUGGGAAUUCAACGAUGGAAGUCCACCACCACCGGAAGUGAUCGAGAAAUGGCUGCAUCUAGCCAAGGAGAUGUUCAAGGAGCACGAGGGUCAAUGUAUUGCCGUCCAUUGCGUGGCAGGGCUGGGAAGAGCUCCAGUUCUUGUCGCGUUGGCACUCAUUGAAGCCGGGAUGAAGUACGAGGAUGCUGUCGAGCUCAUCAGGAAGAACCGCCGCGGCGCCCUCAACCAAAAGCAGCUGAUCUUCCUGGAGAAGUACAAGCCGACCGGGGAGUUGCGCAAGCUCAAAUACAAGGGCAUCGACGGGAAGCACAGGGCGUGCUGCAUCCAA